AUGGCGGCGCAAGGCGCCAACAACGGGAACGGCGCCAGUAGGAUUGGAGACAUGUCAGAACUCCUCGGACUCUCGAAGCUGCAGGAAGUCCUUCAAAGCCUCGCUGAGGAGCAGGCCAAAGUCGAUGCGACACAGGAGAAGCAGGACGAGAAGAUCUCGGCUGCCAGCACUCGACUCGACACGCUUGAACAAGGCUUGCAGGAGGUCACUUUGACCUUGGUCCCGGAACUGCAACGACAGCUUGAGAACAUCCAAGAGCAGUGCAAGGCCGUCGAGGAAGCAACUCGGAAACUUCGAGAUCAAGAGGCUCAGCUCUCCAGCCAGUCUGCUCGCGUUGCUCUCUUGGAAAAGCAGGUGAACGAGCGCUUGGCCUCCUUGGAGGGAAAGGUGAGUGGAAUUGAGCUGAAGGAGGAGGAGCGCUAUACCGAGGUCAAGCUCGCGAUCGCUUCCGUCCAGGAGGGCCAAACACUUCAGGCCGAGGAGAUCAAGGCCGCAGAGGCUGCCCGACAUGAAGCCCUGCAGGAAGAGCGCCGACGUCAGCAGGAAGCAGAGGCCUUGCGUGAAAGCGAGCGGGCACAGCUCGAGGCACAGCUGGCGCAGCAGGUGUCGCUGGCAUGGCCUCUUUCUGAUGCACUCGCAGUUGACCAAGCCCUAACAGAACCUGAGUUGCGUGGAGCUGCCCUCUUCAGCUAUGAGGAAAGAGGAAGGCAGUCAACGUUCGAGUCUUUGUAUCCGCCGGUCAAGCGCUCGGACUGGGAGGCCGACUACGUUAGAGACGACAUGGCAGACCAUGGCCAAUGGGAAGCCCAAAUGGACUACGAUGUAGCGAGGAAGCAGCGCCGUGAUAUGCAAAAGCAGGCCAAGAAUUCGAUGAAAGCAGCGGUCAUCGCAGAAGAGGAGUUCGAGGACAUGCAAAAGAAAGAGUUGGCGCUUCGCGACAAGAUGCUGCAGGCACGCUCCCUGGCCAAGAAGCAGGAGGAUGUCAUCACGGCUCUCAAGGCCAAGCAAAACUGGCAAGAAGAAUCCCUGAAGUGGGUCGAGGAGGACAUCAAGUAUGGCAAAGGUGAGAUCAAAAAGUUCGAGAAGGCCAUAAAGACGGUUGGGCAGAAGAUAAAGGAGAAAGAGAAGCGGAUUGAGGCCGUGAAGCACAACCACAGCCCACAAAAGAAGGCUGCGUUCUCUGCACAGGAGGUUCAGGAGAUGGCUUCGCGGUUGCAGCGUCUCAAGAAGAUUCUUCAAAACAAGAAAGCUGCACUGAAGGCAACGCGAAAGAAAUUCCAGAAUCUGCGAAAGCAGGAGCUGAAAGCUGAAAAGAAACUGCAGCAAGAGGAGACAAAGCAAGAUCAGACUGGCGCGCAGUCUGACGUGCUAUCUUCCAUUUGGAACAGAUUUGGCUGGUCCUGA